CAGAAGGAUGGCCACAGCAUUUGUUUCUACAGGGCAAUCUAUAAGUAAAAUGGUCUUAUUCAAAGUUUUAGUUGGAACUUAUGUCUAGCAAGAUAUAGAGACAAGAUUGCAAUAAGAUGUAUAUAAAAGGCAAAUUAGAGUCAGGGAAUUCUUUACUGAUUUUGAUCGAUUAAGAAAGGGUUGGGUGACAGAGGACAAGGUAAUGCAUUAUGAUUGAUCUCUAGUUUCGUUCUGCUCUUUCUAUGAUAAAUUUUCAUUUUACAAAGGAGGAUAUAGAGGAAAUCAUUCGAAGAUACAAAUUAAAUGAUGGGCUAAUAUAAUAUACGACAUUUUGUAAUAAACUUGAAGAGCAAUUUCUGAAUAAUGAAGCAAAGGCUCAGGUAUUUUAAGCGCCUCAAGUAUAAAGAUGUUAAUAUUUAGAUUUUCAAUCGAGAUGAGGAGGAUACUGUAAAAAGAUUAAUGUAGGCCAUAAAAAGAAAGAUUGCUACAAAAAGAAUAUUCUUGAAACAGCCAUUUUAAGACUUUGAUAGGACUGCAUGUUCACAUAUUACAAUUGAUUAAUUUUCGAGAGUUCUAAAUUAAUUAGGAUUGUUGCCAAAAGAUCAAUAUCUGCAAUUACUUAUAAGAUAAUAUAUAGAUAAUGGAAAUCCUAAGGAAGUUAAUUAUGUAAAGUUUUGUGAUGAUGUUGAUAAUGUGUAAGAAAUGCUGAGUGGAGUGAUCACAGGAAUCAAACAGAAUCCAAAAGAUGUAAAAUGAGAAAAUAAUGUUAUAGAUUCACCCAGAUGAUGACUUUAUAGAGGACAAAGAGGGUUUGGAUUUGAUUUCCACAUUAUUCACAUCAAAAAAGCUGACAGAUAAUAUUAAUACAUUGAAUCAAGUAUUGAAAAAGAUUUAAGGAGAUGUUGUUAUGAAAAGAAUCAGAAUAAGAGAGUUCUUUAAAGAUUUUGAUCCUUUGAGAAAAGGUUUGGUAACUGAAUCCUAAGUAUGAAAUCAAUAAAUGAAUAUAGUUUGCUAGAAUCUUGCAUAUUCAAAAUAUUCCAGUUUCUGAAAAAGAAAUCUAAUUGCUGUUGAAUUAAUACAAGAUCGACAAGAUUCCAAAUGGUUAAGUGGAUUAUAAUUAGUUUUGUGAGGAUGUCGAUAAGAUAUUUACAAUUAAGGGUAUUGAUAAGGAGCCAUAAGCUUAGGUUCCUUAAAUAGAUGACUCUACGACUCUACCUGCAAGAAGAAGAUAUUUAUAGAUGACAGAAUAGGAGGCAAUUUAAUUGGAUGAGUUACUUAUGAAAUACAAAUAAGCAAUCCAAAAUAAGAGAGUACUAUUAAAACCCGUUUUUGAAGAUUUUGAUAAGACUAAAUAAGGUUAUAUUACAACCAAUCAAUUUUUGAGAAUUCUGAAUCAAUUCAAUCUAUUUCCUGACCCAGUUUCACUAAACCUCUUAUUAAAGAGAUUUGUAGAUAAAGCAAAUUUAAAUGAAGUCAAUUACUAUGAUUUUUGCAGAAUUGUAGAUUAAUCAGAUGAGGGAGUUGCUAUUAGUAGAUCACAUGCAGAUGCCUUUAAAAAUUAUGUUAAAUCAGAUAAUUUGAGUUAGGCAUUUAUUAGAAAUGAUCAACCUAAUGACUUUGAAGAUUUGAUGGCCAAAUUGAGAAGAAUAGUCAAAGAAUAAAGAUAGAGAAUUGCAGAAUUUCUUCGAGAUUUUGAUAAAUUAAGAAGUGGUACAAUAACAGUCACUUAAUUGAGAAAAGGAUUAAGCAUGGCUAAGAUACUCUUAUCAGAUGCAGAAUUUUAAUUGAUUCUGUACAAUUUCGGAUGUAAGGACAAGUAAGGAUUUGUAUUUUGGAAAGAGUUUACAGAUUAAGUAGAUUAGGUGUUCACUACUAAAAAUCUGGAGAAAGUCAGUCCAUCAGAAGAUAUACCAUAAAUGUCUACUCAAUACAAUUAUGGUAGAGUCUCUAUUACUGAAAGAGAUAGACAGGUAGCUGAAGUAGUGAAAAAGAAAUUCUAAUAUUUCUGUAAAGCUACUAGACUUGAUAUUAAACAAUUCUUUUAAGAUUGGGACAAGUUGGGUAGAAAUAAGGUGUCCCCAAAACAAUUUAGAUAGACAUUGGCUACUGUUAAUUUUAUUUUAUCUGAUGAAGAAUUUUAGGCAGUUGUAAAGAUCUAUGCUGCAGAAGAUGAUGGUGAUAUCAGAUAUGUUCAAUUUAUAAAUGACACUUAACCACCAUUGGAAAUACUAACAGAGUCUGGAGCAUCUUAGGCUUAUGUUGGUGUUUAGCCAAAAGAGAAAGAAAAAGUACACACUUUCCUUAUAAAUAGUUAUAACCUUCUGUGUUAUUAGAGUAGAUUAAAGUGGCUGUCAAGGUGAAGAGAUUGAGAUUGGGGGAUUAUUUCAAAGACUUUGAUCCUCUGAGAAAAGGAAUGAUGCCUACAAAUAAGUUUAGAGGAGUCCUUAGUCAGAUGAAGAUAGAUUUAGAUUAAGAAAGUUUGGAUUUAUUGGAAACCAUGUAUGUUGUACCAGAAGAUCCAAUCAGAGUGAAUUACGCUAAGUUUAUUGAUGAUGUGGAAAUCGUAUUUACUAAGACAGUAAUUUAUCUAUUGAAAAUGUUUCUAGGGAUUAGAUAAGGAUCCAUUAAUGAAACCACCUGUUCAUGUAAUUCCCACUUUCCUUGAUCCUAGGGAUGCUUUGACUUAAGAUGAGGAAGAAGCUUUGCAUGCGAUUAUGUUAAGACUUGGCGAAGUUGUGAGAAAGCAUAGGAUUUUACUUAAACCUCACUUUCAAGAUAAGGUAAAUUAUUUGAUAGGAAUGUUUAGGAUAAAACAAAAUCUGGCAAAAUCACUUUUACUAGAUUUAGAUCUAUUAUGGACUUUCACAAAUUACCUUUGACUGAUGAUCAAUUUAGAGUAAUUUGCAAGAGGUUUUAUUGUUUAUUGAUAUCAUUUUAGAUUUGCAUAUUAGGGCAUCGAAUUCAAUUAUGUUGAGUUUGAUGAAAUCUUAAAAAAGUAUGAGAACUUUUAUCAAUGA